CUCCAUAUGUCACCUGCUUACGAGCAGUCUCUUCGCAGCGUGCCAUCCCUUUGUCUCUCCUGACAAUUUCUACCGAGGUUGUGUUUUUGAUGGCUGCCAUGUUGCCAACCCAGCAGUGGAAUGCACAAGUUUACAGACUUACGCCGCUGCCUGCGCUCAGGUGGGGGUUUGUCUGCACUGGAGGAACCACACCACCCUGUGUGAGGGUGCCUGCCCGUCAAACAAAGUUUACAAACCAUGUGGUCUCUGCAGAACAAGCAACCUGUGACGACAAUCCUAAUGAAUCAACCAUGAACUACACUACAGAGGGUUGCUUUUGUCCUGAUGGGAUGAAACUCUUCAACAAAGACUCUGGCGUGUGUGUUGACAAGUGUGGAUGUCUUGAUCCUGAGGGAAUUCCCCGAGAGUUUAAUGAGAGGUUUGACUACAAAUGCCAAACCUGCAUCUGUGAGGAGUCGACCAAGACUGUGAGUUGCAAACCUAAGGCAUGCCCAAAACCACCAAUAGCAAACUGCAGUGAACCUGGGUUUGUCGUCAUCAACCAAACCAAUCCAUCAGACUCCUGCUGCUCUUCCUUUGUUUGCCAAUGUCAAAGCAGCAAGUGCCCAGUCUACAACAUGAACUGUCCGAUAGGUUAUAAACCCGUUAUUAGUGUUCCUGAGGGAAAAUGCUGCCCAGAACGAGCUUGCGAGCCCAAAAGGGUUUGUGUUCACAAAGAGAGUGAAUAUCAGCCUGGCUCUCCAGUUCCUGCGCCUAAAUGUCAGGAUUGUGUCUGUACAAAUGAGGUGGACCCGCGUUCUGGUCUCUUCAAGAUACAUUGUGAAUUUCAGAAAUGUCAAACAGACUGUGACAUGGGAUAUGAAUAUAUGGAAACUGAUUCCCUUGAAUGCUGUGGGAAGUGUGUGCAGACUCACUGUAUUGCCAUUGUUAAUGAUACCAAGAACCUCUUAAAGCCAGGAGACACCUGGUCACCACCACUGAAUCAGUGCGAGCAUUACUCCUGUCUUAUGAUUGGUGAUACUUUAACAACAUAUAAGUCACACGUUGUCUGCCCAGCAUUCGUGAAGGAAGACUGCCAACCAGGCACAAUUGAGACUGCAGCAAAUGGCUGUUGUAAAAUUUGUGUGUCGAGGGAUAAAGCCUGCAAAUUAGUGUCCAUGAAACAGAAAGUUAUGCACAACCGCUGUCAGUCUAACGAGGAGGUAGAUAUGCCAUAUUGUGAAGGAUCCUGCAACACCUUCACCAAGUAUUCUGAAGCAGCAGCUGCUAUGCAGCAUUCAUGCUCCUGCUGCAAGGAGACACGCUCCAGCAAUCGCACCAUUGCGUUACACUGUCUGAAUGGAGACGUGGUGCCCUUUUCAUACACCCAUGUAGAUGAGUGUGGCUGUGGCCACAGAGAUUGCGCCACAGCUGCUGCACAACUGACUCGCAGGAGGCGAAGCUCUACACUGGUGUGAUGAAAAUUGGAAAUGGAAGUGAAAUGUUGCAAUUUCUUCCUGGAAUAUCUUAACAAUGAUUACACUUUUUCCAAAGCACUCGCCUUUGUAGAAUUUAUC